AUGGACCCCUUUCAAGAACUCCGAAACGAAUUUUCUUCUACGAUCCGCGCCCUCCAGAAUGAAAUCGAAUCCAUCAAAAACGAACCCAAACCACUUCAACGACCAAAGCCAUGCCUCCCCGAUCCCGAGAAAUUCAAUGGACAAUCUUUGAAGUUUGAUACCUGGCUUGCUUCGAUGAAGGCUAAGCUUAGGAUUGAUGCUCCAGCUAUUGGUGAUGCAGUGGCUCAGUUCUACUAUGUCUAUCUGAAUCUGGAAAGCAAAGUCCAAGCUCUAGUUCUUCCCCAGUUAUCUUACGCAGAAGACACCAACACCUGGGAUUACAACACUAUCCUUGAUCAACUAUCUCUGGUUUACGACAACCCCAACAAGAUUCAAGAAGCUGAAGAUCAUCUAUUAGCCCUAAAGCAGGACAGUGGUGAAUCUGUGGCAGCCUACAUCGCCAAGUUUGAGAGGAUUCUUUAUGAGGCAAAGGGCAAAGAUUGGCCUGAUGUCACCAAGAUUUCAGCAUUCAGGAAAGGCCUCAAUCCUACUCUCCGAGGACGCCUCAACCAGCAACUAAAUCUUCCAAGAUCCUACAUCGAAUUCCUUCGCGUGGUGCAACAAUUGGGAAGUCAUUCUUUCAGCUCAAAUUCCACCAAUGUUUCCCACCCUCAAUCACACCAAUCUGGUUCUCACACCAAGUCUGAUCCUAUGGACCUCAGCGUCAUCAAUAUCAACUCCCUAUUGUUCCAUGAAGGCAACAAGGAAUCCAAACAAUCAUGGAAUCAGCAGAUGCUUGCGAAGCUGGAGACAAAUGGUAUUGAUGAUGGUGGUGACUGA